AUGAGCUGGAGCUUCCUCACACGUCUGUUGGAUGAGAUUUCCAAUCACUCCACCUUUGUGGGCAAAAUCUGGCUCACCCUCCUUAUUGUCUUCCGCAUAGUGCUGACGGCUGUCGGGGGCGAGUCGAUCUACUAUGAUGAACAGAGUAAAUUUGUGUGCAACACAGGGCAGCCCGGUUGUGAGAAUGUGUGCUACGAUGCAUUUGCGCCGCUGUCACACAUCCGCUUCUGGGUCUUCCAGGUGAUUAUGAUCACCACCCCCACCAUCAUGUACCUUGGUUUUGCCAUGCAUAAGAUCGCUCGCAUGGACGACAGUGACUACCGGCCCCGGAAUAGAAAGCGGAUGCCGAUUGUGAGCCGUGGCGCCAACCGGGACUACGAGGAGGCUGAGGAUAACGGGGAGGAGGACCCCAUGAUCCUGGAAGAGAUUGAGCCAGAGAAGGAAAAAGAUGUUGUGGAGAAGCCCAGCAAAAAGCAUGAUGGACGCCGUCGCAUCAAGCGAGACGGCCUCAUGAAGGUGUACGUGUUUCAGCUAAUGUCACGUGCCAUCUUUGAGGCCUCGUUCCUGUUUGGGCAGUACGUCCUUUAUGGGCUGGAGGUGGUACCAUCGUAUGUGUGCUCACGCUCACCUUGCCCGCACACAGUGGAUUGCUUCGUCUCGCGCCCUACUGAGAAAACAAUCUUCCUCCGCAUUAUGUAUGCCGUCAGUGCUUUGUGUCUUCUCUUUACCAUGCUGGAGAUCCUUCACCUUGGCUAUAGCGGUAUUCGUGACUGCUUUUGCGCGCCACGGCCACGGCCUAGGCCUCCCACCCCCCGUCAUCCAGCUCUGGCCAGCCAGAGAUCCUCCAUCUGCCGCCAGCCGUCUGCACCUCCAGGCUACCACACAGCUCUGAAGAAGGACCCAACAGGAAAAAUGGGCUUCAGAGAUAACUUGGCAGACUCGGGCCGCGAGUCAUUCGGGGAUGAGGCUUCAUCAAGAGAGCUGGAGAGGCUGCGUAGACACCUUAAACUGGCCCAGCAACAUCUGGAUCUGGCUUACCAGAAUGAGGAGGGAAGCCCGUCGCGCAGCAGCAGCCCAGAGUCCAAUGGCACUGCAGUUGAGCAGAACAGACUAAACUUUGCCCAGGAGAAGCAGAGCAGUACAUGUGAGAAAGGUCUCCGUGCAUAGGUUCUCAUCAGUCCAGCUGACACUGUAGAUCAAAGUUCACAUCAGGAGCAGUGAGCGGACACAAGGGAAUCAAACAGGGAGUGGUGUGUAUGCGUCAUGAACUUGCUUGAGGUGGAUGAAGUCAUCCCAAGCCUUGCAGUGUUACGGCCAGCCGUGGUCGAACAUCAAAGUCAAAGGAAAAGGAGAACAGUUGUCUCAACCGAGCAAUACUUGAGACACCAGCCUGUCUGAAGAUCCAAAGUGCUUACAAACUGCCGUUGUGCAACAGUAACCGUUAACAUGUACUUCUCCCUCAGGGCAGCUAUUCUUUUUCAUAUUUUUAUUACGAGACGUAGAAUUAUUAGUCAUUUUUAAGAGUUUGUCCUCUGUUGGAAGUUCACAGUGAAUGCAUCUCAAGUUUGCCUUAGACCGAAAACUGGAACUCCGUUUUAUGGCAUUGUGUUUGUUAAGGUAAGGCCAAGCCAGUCGUAGUGCAAAAAAAAAGUUUAAACUGUAAAGAGUUUGUAUUUUGUGAGUAAGUGAAUCAGUGAGUGGGUGCUUGUAGAUGCAAACAAAAAGGUUAACGGACAAGGCACCACUUCUAAAAGAAAGGUACUGGAGUAAUUGUCAUGCUGAUGAAGACUUCUUGAGUUUUCUAAUUUUUCAUACAAAGGCUUACUUUUAAAGUGUGUCAUUUAUUAUUUUAUUUUUUUUAAUGUUGGCACAGCACCAGUCAACAUUCUCCCGUCUGGUGCCAGGUAUGGAAACUGGAACACACUUGGGGUGCCUUUGUCCAAAGGAAUAAACAAACCUGGGUAAUGCUUGAAAAACAUGUAACUCUUGAUAUUUGUCUUGUAUUGUUCAAACUUGUAUUUGAUACUGUUCUUUUUAUUUUAUUCGUUUUAUGUAUUGUUGUAUUGAAAAGAGGCUCUUGUCACUGUGGCAAACUUGUUUUCCUCUAUUUUUUUUUUUUCAAAGAAUGACAUCCACUGCUGUUUUAGCUCCCCGAAGCCUGAUUUAAUCCCUGGA